AGGCGCGGGUUCGGGCGUCUUCUGGACCAGCGGGGCGCAGCCGGCCCCUCGCAGCGUCCGCCGGCAGGCGGGCAGGCGGGCGGUGGAGUCGCCCCGGCGGGGCCAGUCCGUACGGCGACAUGGGCGCGCCGGGCACGUCCGUACCGCAAGAUGGCUGCUCGGACAGGGACAGAGCCCGCCCCUGCCGCCUGGACAACUGCUCCCGGGUCCUCUAAGAGGAGGAAGCGCCACCCAUGGCACGCAGUGUCCCGUCGGACAGCAGAGCGAGCCGUCGUCCCGCGACACGACCCCACGCCGCUCGCAGGGCGCUCCGGGCUCGCGUUGGCCCGGCCGUACGCCAAAAUGGCGGCUCCCGCGUAUUUCCGCUUGCGCGCCGUAUCCUCUUUGCCGCCUGCCGCGCGCCCCGAUUGGCCCCCGCGGCGUCCCGUCGCCGCGUCGCGCUGCGGGCCCGUCGGAGCGACGCCGCUUGGGUCAGUCGGCGGCCGGACUGGGAAGAUGGACGCAGCCACUCUGACCUACGACACUCUCCGGUUUGCCGAGUAUGAAGAUUUUCCGGAGACCUCAGAGCCCGUUUGGAUACUGGGUAGAAAAUACAGCAUUUUCACAGAAAAGGACGAGAUCUUGUCUGAUGUGGCAUCUAGACUUUGGUUUACAUACAGGAAAAACUUUCCAGCCAUUGGGGGGACAGGCCCCACCUCGGACACAGGCUGGGGCUGCAUGCUGCGGUGUGGACAGAUGAUCUUUGCCCAAGCCCUGGUGUGCCGGCACCUAGGCCGAGAUUGGAGGUGGACACAAAGGAAGAGGCAGCCAGACAGCUACUUCAGCGUCCUCAACGCGUUCAUCGACAGGAAAGACAGUUACUACUCCAUUCACCAGAUAGCGCAAAUGGGAGUUGGCGAAGGCAAGUCCAUAGGCCAGUGGUACGGGCCGAACACUGUCGCCCAGGUCCUCAAGAAGCUUGCUGUCUUCGACACGUGGAGCUCCUUGGCAGUCCACAUAGCAAUGGACAACACCGUUGUGAUGGAGGAAAUCAGAAGGUUGUGCAGGACCAGCGUUCCCUGUGCAGGAGCCGCUGCGUUUCCUGCAGAUUCCGACCGGCACUGCAACGGAUUCCCUGCGGGGGCUGAGGUCACCAACAGGCCGUCGCCGUGGAGACCCUUGGUGCUUCUCAUCCCCCUGCGCCUGGGGCUCACGGACAUCAACGAGGCCUACGUGGAGACGCUGAAGCACUGCUUCAUGAUGCCCCAGUCCCUGGGCGUCAUCGGAGGGAAGCCCAACAGCGCCCACUACUUCAUCGGCUACGUUGGUGAGGAGCUCAUCUACCUGGACCCCCACACCACGCAGCCGGCCGUGGAGCCCACUGGCAGCUGCUUCAUCCCGGACGAGAGCUUCCACUGCCAGCACCCGCCAUGCCGCAUGAGCAUCGCGGAGCUCGACCCGUCCAUCGCUGUGGGGUUUUUCUGUAAGACUGAAGACGACUUCAAUGACUGGUGCCAGCAAGUCAAAAAGCUGUCUCUGCUCGGAGGCGCCCUGCCCAUGUUUGAGCUGGUGGAGCAGCAGCCUUCACACCUGGCCUGCCCCGAUGUCCUGAACCUGUCCCUAGAUUCUUCUGAUGUAGAGCGACUGGAAAGAUUCUUCGACUCAGAAGAUGAAGACUUUGAAAUCCUGUCCCUUUGAAAAUCCUGGGGUCGGGGGUGGCACCUGUGAGAGCCUGGGGCUCCUGGUGCCGCCGCACUUCAUCCAUCCCGCCCGCUCGCCUGCCGAGGGCCGCGCCCCGUGCUGCCUCCCCCCAGAGGGCCACCCGCUCCGCUUGUGGACUGAGGCUGCGCUGCCCGGGAGGCCUUACUGCUUGGUGUCCGACUGCCCAGCUCAGAGUGCCCGUCAGGGCCUGUGCAUCUGCACACGGAGCCGUCUGUCAGGAGCUUCCAGAGCGUUCUCUGGACACUGCCAGCCCCGCGUUAGCGCCUGGGCCUCAGUCCCACUUGCUCCCAGGCGCCGGUUCUGUGGUUGGUUUGGAAUUAAAGUCCUGUUUGAAGUUGUCAGACACAGACAUGGAUUUCUGGGGCGCCUCCUGAGUCAGUCUCAGAAGACCUGUGCAGGCCGGCGUGAGAGGAGCAGCAGCCACGCUGCGGCCCCACGCCCAAGGACCGGGCUGCUCUCGAAGGGGGCGCCCAUGGCUGUGUCCUCUGCCCAGCCUGGUUACCAAGGGCGACCUCAGUGGGAGAUGAGGUCGGAGGAACAAAGGCAAAGGUUGCUUUGGGGAGAGCAGUAUUCAGGAAGUGGGUGUGUGGGAAACCUGAAGAUGGCGUGCAGAGGACACGGCGUGGGCAGCCUGGGCAGAAGGGCGGCUGGCUGUCCUGGGGCUGUUGCUAGAGUGCCUGUCCUCAGAGUGUCCCUUUCCAGGGCUGUGGCAUUCUGUGGUGGCUUCCCCAGGUGUGGCGAGGGGUGGGGCGGGGCCUCCACCUGUGACAGUCGGGCUCGGGGGUGGACAGUGUGCUUCUCCUAGGAGCCUUCCCUGUGUCCUUGCCUUGCUGAGAAUUGCCCUCCUGUGUCACUGAGGUGUUAGGUGGUUUAGGGCCCAAAGGGGAAAACCACCCGAGCCUUGUGGUGUGUGAUGGGCAGACAUCACAGGGUGGCAUCCUCUGGUGGCAUUUCCGGAACCUCAGCCCUGAUUCCAGAACCCACCACCGCCUGACCCUGUGUAACCUGCUGUCCUGGGUCCCGGAGUGCACUCUGCCCCGCUGCUGUGCUGCCUUCCUGGGGAAGUGGCUUUGCCCCACUAGGGAAUGUAAACAGGAGGGCUUAGGGAGCGUGGGCACGGUGAGCAUGGGCACCUUUCUCAUGAGCACCUACUGUGGCAUUGGCAGGACUCGCUGCUGCUGCUGCUUGUAUAGGUGUGGGGACCGGAGAUCCCCUCAGGACACGCCGCCCGCUCUGCAGUGAGUGACCCACCUGGGUAGCAGAGGACACCAUCCCCAGUCCCCCCCCCAAGACAUAGUUUAUUUCCUCGUAUCCUUUCUCCCUUGGGUGUAGUUGGGGUGGGGAAGGAGGGAAGGCUGGGGCGAUCUUCAUUCCUUGGGCUCUGCGUCUAAGUCCAUGGUGCACCGCUGUGCUGGGAGCUGUGGGGGCCUGCUGUAGUGGGAGUGUGGAACACCUUGACCAAAGGGGAGCUUUUUCUUGUGUGUUUUGAAAAAGGCUUAAUGAAGAGAAUGUUGUUCAUUCUUAGUAGUAUAGUUUGCAAUUCUUAAUGGCAAAUAAUAAGUUUCAGUAGAAAACAAA